AUGCCUCAAGGCCAUGGGACAAAGCUGUCCCGCCCCUCCAGAACCAGCAUAAAAGACAGCCCAGAGCCUCUCUCCCUCACACACUUCUCCUCAAGCCUUCUCCUCCUGCUCCUGUCGACAGCAGGCACCCUCCACACCACACCCAUGGCCUGCUACAACCGCUGCACUCCCUGCGGACCCACCCCGCUGGCCAACAGCUGCAACGAGCCCUGUGCCCUGCAAUGCCAGGAUUCCCGUGUCAUCAUCGACCCUUCCCCUGUGCUGGUCACCCUGCCAGGACCCAUCAUGACCUCCUUCCCCCAGAGCACGGCCGUCGGAUCCACCUCCUCCGCUGCUCUGGGCACUGAGCUCAAUGCCCAGGGACAGCCCAUCUCUGGCGGCUUUGGCUUUGGCCUUGGCUACGGCCUGGGAGGCCUGGGCUGCUCUGGCAGAAGGGGCUAUGGCUCCAUCUGCUAA